GGGCUGUGACCUCCACCGUUGCCCCAGCUAAGCAGUGAGGACUUGCUGAAGCCCAGAGGGCUGUGGGACCAUGUACGCAGCUCUCUGGAUCCUGGGACUCGGGCCCCUUCUUCUCAAUCUCUGGGCAGUCCCCACUGGUGGACCAGGCGCUCUGAGGCUGGCCUACAGACACAGCACGUGCGACGGAGUGGUGCUGGUCCGACACCACGGGGCGUGGGGAUACGUGUGCAACCAGGAGUGGACGCUGGCAGAGGCCUCUGUGGUGUGCAGGCAGCUGGGCUGCGGUCCUGCCGUGGGCGCCCCCAAGUAUGUCCCGCUGCCUGGAGAGAUGGCCCAGCCCUGGCUCCACAACGUGUCCUGCCGGGGCAACGAGUCCUCCCUCUGGGAGUGCAGCCUUGGCUCAUGGAGCCAGAGCCCGUGCCCCCACACAUGGGUGGUGGUCGCGCUGUGCUCCAACGGCACAUUCCGGGAGCUCCGGCUGGUGCAGGGCCGCAGUCCCUGCGCGGGGCUCCCCGAGAUCAGAAACGUGAACGGGGUGGACCGCCUCUGUGGCCUGCACAUGGAGGAGGCGAUGGUGUUCUGCCGGGAGCUGGGGUGCGGCCCUGUGCUCCAGGCCCCCCGCCGGGACGUGGGCGUCGUCAGGAAGUACCUGGCCUGCAGGGGCACCGAGCCCACCAUCCGCAGCUGCAGACUGGACAACAACUUCCGUGGCAGCUGCGACCUGCGGCUGGAUGCAGAGGUGGUCUGCUCAGUGGGCGCAGACCUGGUGCAUGUGCAGCUGGAGGGAACGGGACUCAGCUCUCACGCUGGUUCUCAGCAGAGCGGAGCUGAGUUUCUGGUGGCCCCGCAGAGCCUUCUGCAGUCUAAGGCUCAGGGCCAGGCAGUUGACCUGAGAACACCUGUCUCGCGCCUGAGAGGAUGUCUGCCCCCAGGACACACCGAGGCCCGGCUGGUGGGCGGCGAGCACCCCUGCGCCGGGCGCCUGGAGGUGAGGCGGGGCCUGACCUGGGGCACCAUCUGUGACACAGACCUGGACCUGGCCACGGCCCACGUGGUGUGCCGGGAGCUGCAGUGCGGGGUGGCGGUGUCCACACCCAAGGGUUCCUGCUUCGGCCGGGCCUCGGGGCCGGUGUGGACGGAGACCUUCCGCUGUGCAGGCGACGAGUCGCUGCUGUUCCACUGCCCGCGGGGAAAUGGGAGCCAGUGUGGGCCCGGCCGUGACGCAGGGCUCAGGUGCUCAGAGUUCAGGCUGGUCAAUGGCAGCAGCAGCUGUGAGGGCCGUGUGGAGCUCCAGGUGCAGGGGUCCUGGGCGCCCCUCUGUGCCACCCACUGGGACAUAGCAGAUGCCACCGUCCUCUGCCACCAGCUCAACUGCGGCAACGCGGUGGCUGCACCUCGAGGAGGCUGCCCGUCGGCGGGCUGGGGCCAGCACGACUGCAGCCACAAGGAGGACGCCGGCGUCCUCUGCUCAGGUGAGCGGCGGUUGGAGUCGGUGGCUCUGAGGCUGCGAGGUGGGACUUGCUGCUGUGCUGGGUGGCUGGACGUGUUCUACAAUGGGACCUGGGGCGCCGUGUGCAGCAAUGCCCUGAAGGACCUCUCCUUGUCCAUCAUCUGCAAGCAGCUGGGGUGUGGGGAGUGGGGCUGGCUGGAGAACAGGCCCUUCCCCUCUGCCGGUACCGGGACCGCCUGGGUGGACAACAUCGAGUGCCGUCCGCUGCGCAACUCCACCCUGUGGCAAUGCCCCUCCCAUCCGUGGCACCCGCAUUCCUGUGACCUUCGGGAGCAGGUCUGGAUUACCUGUGCAGGUGGGCAUUAG